CUUUAAAGGACGCGCACACCCUCUAAUGCCUCUUGGUCAUUAUGAACACACAAGGAAAACAAAUAAAAUCUAACCAACUGGAUCUCUCUCCUGGAAUUCAAAGCAUUCUCUGCUCGCAGUUUCCUGAAGAUUUUAAUUGCGGUGGAACAGAAACAUGUGAGGGGCAAAUUUUAAGGUUCUCUCGGCCGAGGGAAAUGAGCCUUAUCUGUAUUAUUCCAACGCCAAGGGCUCGUUUGGAAGCCUGACUUUUGAAUUUACCACCUUCCAGCCUCUACCCUUCCACCAGCGCCUCAGAAAAGAACAUAAACGUUAGGACAUUUUCCGUUCCAUCUCUCCCGCUCGAGCCUCUCUCCGGUGGAAACCGAGUCGAAAAUCCAGCCUACGUCAAAGACCCUCCACCCCGAUCGUCUUCUCCCUCGCUUGCGGUGAAGGACAGUCCGAGUCACCAUGACCCUUUCCAAACCAAAUUUUAUUUUGCUGGUGUUGGGCAUGAUCAUCUACGUAGCUGAUUUGGGAGUGGACUUCUGGGUGACCAUCCGUUAUUUCCAGAACGGACAGUUGGUCCACGGCUUCCUAACGAUGGGCUUCGUGCUGUUGGCAUCUCUGGUCGUGCAGUGUUUCAGUUACACGUGGUUCGAGGAUGACGGAGAUCCGGGCAAACCUCCGUGUUCUCUCUUCCUCCAUUGCCUGCAGUGUGGGAUCUUUACCAGGUAUUAUAUCGCUCUGAGAACGGGACACAAGGUGGUCUUCGGCAAACAGAAGGACGACACGCAGGUCGGGGUUCAGGCGGUGACCGAUCUGAGCAUGCUCCGACUGUUCGAGGCGUACGUGGAGGGGUUACCCCAGCUCGUUCUGCAGGCCUACAUCUUGAUGGAGAGUCCAGCGGUCAGCUUCAGUCAGUACGCCUCGGUGACCAUCUCCUGCUGCGCGGUGUCCCUGACGACCGUGGAUUACCAGAUCUACCUGAGGAAAUCGCUGCCCCAUAAAGAGAAGCUGGCGGGGCUGCGGCCGAAGCUGACCCUGCUGCUCUACAAGCUGCUGACCCUGACCUCCUGGGCCCUGAGCAUCGCCCUCCUGGCCCUGGCCAACCUCUGGGCAGUGCCGAUCGCGCUGGGCUCCCUCUGGAUCCUCGGCCUCGCCUGGGCGUGGAGGCAGAGCACGGAUUUCUGCCACUCUCCGAGGAUGGAAGUCCUCUACAGGGCCGUGGUCGGCUUCAUCCUCGUCUUCACCUUCCUGAACGUCAAGGGGGAGAGGACCCGGUGGGCCAUGACGGGCUACUACGUGACCCGCGUGCUGGCCACGGCCGGGAUCCUGUUCUGGUUCUGGCUGGGCGGCCCGGUGCCGGGUCAGUGGCACUUUUUCGGGGGCGUCACCUUGGCCGUGAUCCUGACGCUCUGCUUGGGCUUGGUCUUCCUCGUCGUCUACUACGGCUCUUUUCACCCCAACAGAUUCCCGGAAAGGAACGGAGGGGACGAGGUGGACGGGAUCGGCCCAGAAAGAGAGCCCGGCAUGAGAUACCGCUUGAUGCUGUAGCCCCCCAAAUCCCCGCUGGACCUCUCCCGGUCUCCCCUUGCCCACAUUCAUUCAAUCCUAUUUAUUGAGCGCUUACUGCGUGCAGAGGACUGGACUAAGCGCUUGGGA